AUGGCGGAAAAUGUUCCCCCUUACCCUACACCUGCUUACUCCACUCUUGAUGAGCCUAUCAUGAACACAAUUCUUCGUGAUGUUGUUGCUAUUGGUAGGAAAUUGCUUAUUGUUCUUGCACCACCACUGGGAUCAGAGAAGGAAUUGCGGGAUUGGGAUCUAUGGGGUCCACUUCUACUUUGUUUACUGCUUGCCAUCAUACUUGCUGGUUCUGCAGGAGACAACCAGGGUGGUCUUAUCUUUUCAGCAGUCUUUGUGCUCGUAUGGGUUGGUGCCAGCGUUGUUACACUUAAUGCAAAAUUCCUUGGAAGUAAAAUUUCAUUCUUUCAGACUGUGUGUGUUAUGGGAUAUUGUCUUGCUCCUCUUUGUGUUGGUGCCUUCAUUGCCCUCUUUGUACGCGUAUUCUGGGUAGUGAUGGUGGUCUCUUGCGUUGUUUGGUUCUGGUCUUGUUGGGCCGCCUUACGCUUUUUCCGUGGUUCUGUUGUGCCUCAACGUGAGAUGCUUGUCGUUUACCCGGUUGGUCUCUUUUACUUCUUCAUGACUUGGAUGGUGGUUGCUGGUAUUUGA